AUGGAACUCACAUCUUUGCCUAAAUUCCUGUGGACAAAUGACAACAAACUUCUGCAUCACCAUUUUCCGGAUGUAUUGGCUACUGUUCACACCACACAAGACAUUCCCAAAGAAGCUGUUUUUGGACCAUGUAUGCUCCAGAACACCCUAGUGGACACUGUAGCUUUUAUUGCCCUCAAGUGUUCUGAAAGACGAAACAUCCACUACGUAUUCAAGGUGGAUGUUACGUCUGUGCACAGUCCUACAGGGCUGCCUUGGAUGAGACUUGUACAAGCGGCUGUCAAUAGCAAGGAGCAAAACUUGGAAGCUUACUUAGAAAAUAGUCAGUUAUAUUAUCGCUCUACCAGGAAAAUCAACAAAAAUGAGGAGCUGCUUGUCUGGUAUGAUGAGGAGCUUUCCAGACUCUUGGGUUUCAAUGAGAUAAAAGCUCAAAGUCCCCCAAAUGAGCUGAGAUGCCAGGAAUGCAACCGAGCCUUUAAAUGUGAGCAUUCGUAUCUCUCCCAUGUCCGCUUCCUAUGCGUCCCAGAGAAGAGUGCCCUGCUAUGGAGAAACUUCCAGGAUGGCAAGACUGAAAAAGGCAACUUAGAGGACCAGACCACAAAUUUCCACAGCCUGGCAAGGGAUCUAGAGGUCAAAAUGACAGCUCGUAAAGAUGACGCACGUGGUCUCACUGGAGAAAAGAGAGCAAAAUUAGAAGAGGCUGAGAACAACAGGAGCAGGAAAACAGUGUUGUUGGAGAAAACAAAUAACCUGAGUGAGGGACAUAACUGUGGGGGCAAGGAAGAGGUUGGGGGAGAGCAUGCACUGGCAGGUUCUUUCUGGAAGCCUAGUUCAGGGAGGCAAUCAGCUAGGAAGGAUGCUUUCGAGCAGAAGCAGAGUGCUUUCACUGAGGUCAGGAGGGUAAAAGAGAAGCUGAGGAAUGAGAAACCCAAGGAAUCAGAAGAGGAGGAUGACACGGUCCCAGCUGGUAAGGAGCAGGUAUCAAAGGAAGUGUUGCUGAACUCCUCUGGCAGUGCAUUCUCCUUCGUGUGGCCCACCAGAGCCCGAGGAGAGCAGAAGAGUGCUUUCAGCAAGCCCAGUAAAUGUCUAGCAGAAAGAGCUGCAAUAAACUCUUCUCAUCCCAUGAGUGAGUCACCAAAGAGCCUGGGGGAGCUGUCCGGCUUCAUUGCCACCACAGACAUCAUGUGCUGCAGCACUCUUCUCAAUUCCAAGUUCUUCGUCAGUGAUUUGUGUAAUGCUCAGAUGCUGCAGACUAGCAUCACUCGGAGCAAUGUUUUCCCGUAUUCCUCAGAACUGUGGCCCAAACAAGCAGGAGGACAGUUACAAAACACAAGUACCACUUCUUCCUCCUCCUCCUCCUCCUUGACUCUUCUUCCCCCUACCUUCACGUCAUUUGGAGUGGCUGCCCAGAACUGGUGUGCCAAAUGCAAUCUGUCCUUUCGCAUGACAUCUGAUUUAGUCUUCCACAUGCGGUCACAUCACAAAAAAGAAUACUCCUCAACUGAAUCCCAGAGCAAGAGGAGACGAGAGGAGAAGCUAACAUGUCCAAUUUGUCAUGAGUACUUCCGAGAACGCCAUCAUUUAUCCCGGCACAUGACCUCUCACAAUUAGAGCUGUGCAGAUAGAUCUCACCAAGGGACUGGGCAGGUUGGGUAAAGAAGGGAAAUGUUAUUCAAUUGUAUCAAUUUCUUUUUGCAGUUACU